AGUACAAGAUAUUUGACAAACGUUAGCCAGAAAAGAAAACGAUGAAUUGCUUGAGCUCAAUCUGUUUCAAACCUUGUGUUCCUUCCAAGGUGCUUUAUCCCAGAACCAGCUCCACAAAAUUCACAACCAUGGUUCGUGCCAGUCUUCAAGAUCCUCAACCACCCAACACUAGCCAACAACAACAGCUCAACCUCUCCGUUCUUCGCUUCACACUGGGGAUACCUGGGUUUGAUGAAUCCUACUUGCCCAGAUGGAUUGGUUAUGGCUUUGGUUCGCUUUUGCUCUUAAAUCACUUUCUUGGUUCUGACUCAGCCACUGUUACACCAGCACAGCUUAGUACAGAGGUUUUGGGUAUGUCAUUGGCUUCAUUCUCUAUUGUGCUGCCUUACCUUGGCAAAUUCCUCAAGGGUGCCCAACCAGUGGAUCAGACGACUCUACCAGAUGGAACGCAGCAAAUAUUUGUCAUGUCAACAGAUAUAGUGGAUGGAUUGAAGGAGGACCUGGCUUGGGCGUCGUACAUUUUGCUGCGAAAUUUGAAUGCCAUUGCUCUAAUUUUUAUUCAAGGAGAUAUAUGUGCAAGGGGCUACUGGAACAUAACAGACGAUUCAUCAACAGAAAUUCUACUUGGUUUUUUCAAGAAAAAAGUUGAAAAUGCUCGCCUCUAUGAUUUGAAUGACACCCUAUAUUUUCCUCAAGAUGCAGAUUCUGACUUUCAGGAUCUGGUACCUAAAGGAACUAACUCUCUACUGGUGCAACCAGUGUUACAAGCUUCUAUCGAUAAUGCUACUGGCUUGCAAAAACCUGUGGGAUUUAUUCUGCUGUCCUCAACCUUGAGGUAUGCAUUUAGUAUUAAAGACAGAGCCUGGAUUGCAGCUGUGGCCAACAAACUAAGAGAUUGUAAGAUUAAGGAAGUACAAUUAAAAUUCUCUGCUAUACAGGUUUGUUUACAAUUCAAUCUUGUGACAGAGUUUAUUGAUUAG